AUGCGAUCUUUUCUUGAUCGCUCCACUGCUGUGGGAAUCUUAUUCCUUGGACACAACCUUAGAGUUUCUCUGCUUCCCUGUAUUGCGCGUUUUGGCAACGCAUCAUUGGCGCAUUCGCGCUCAUGGUACGGGGUUUCCACACGUCGCAGCACUAGUAUGUCCUUUAAGAUACACGCUUUCGUGAACAUGACUCCGUCGACGCGCAGAUUCUAUGCACACGACAGCUCUUUUUCAACACACAAUGCGUCAUCCGGCCCUAGUUCCUCAUCAGCAUCCACAAAUUUUUCAGAAAAGAUUAACCCCAAUAUGAAAAAAGAUAUUUCUCAAGGGAAUCCUUCAUGUCCAAACUCGGAAACAUCUACACCUCACCAUCCUAGCUCAGUUGCCUCGCAGGGGGAUUCAACAAACGAAUCUAAGGAUGCACCAUAUACACAGUCAGAGAUUCGUGAUUUUUUGCUAUUGCUCCUGCCAGAGUCAACUACCGGGGUCCAAUCGAUCUCGAUUAAGGAGGCUUUACAUCAGCUCCCUGCCGAGAUGCAGGAAAUGGUUCGGAAACACCCUGGCGGCCUAGCGCGCUACGUGCAGGAGCAUUUUUCGACGAGCAUCCGCGUCGCCGAGGACGGCCAGACGCUGCUCAGAGUUUCUGUACCCCAAUCGCCGCAGGGCAAAAGCGAUGAUGCCCAAAACCCCCCACCUCACGUGGCCGAUAAAAAAAUAUCCCUCAGACCUCCUCCUCCUCCGCAACCUAACACCACCUUGACUGAGGCACCACUCCCCCCUUCCGAUGCUGCGUCGCCUGACGCUUCCUCCCCUCAUCCAUCCACGAAUGCAACCCCCGAAACUCGUAGCUUUCGCAAUAAAAUUGAGAUACUUGACGCUUUAGUCGAGUACAUACCGACUUUUUUUGUCAAUCAAGAAGUGAUCGCUUCCAUGCUGCCACCGGAUAUUCAGGCACUCUAUGCCGACACAUCCCUGACUUUCUUCUUGAAACGUUUCAAGCACUACUUUAAUACUCAAACGAACUUUGGCAAUACCACAAUCCGGUUAAAGGAGGAUUUUUCGCAUCCAAAAAGGGGGAUUGCGGACGCACGCUACGCAACGUGUGCUGGGAGUGCGUGGCAUAUGGAAAGUCGGGGCCGUCCACCACGGAAUUCCGAAGCGAACUUGAUAAUAAGCUUGUUGCCGCGGGUUCCCAAGGUCUUUCAACCCUUCUCGGAGGUGCUUCAGGAGAUCUCUGAUCUCGUAUCGCGUCACCCGGCUUUUGAUUCCCGGCUUGGGGUGAUGGGCUUCUUGGAAAAGUACCCAGAGUAUUUUCAGGUGGCUGAGGGAAAGCUUCGGGUGCGUCCCUAUUCCGUAGCCCUCAACGCAUUGGAUGAACUCGACGCCACGUCUUCACCUUUUCCAGAGGCCUUUACAAAGAUAAUGACGCUUGUCGAUUCCGUGGCGAAAGGUAAGGUUUAUGACAACGAGAACGGUCGUAUUUCAGCAAGUGUGUCCACCAGCAAGCUCUACGCUAUGUUAACUGAUAAGGAAAGAAGUGAAAUCAGGGCUGCGUGGCGUUCUUUUCCUCGAUUUUUGAGGCUCCAUGGCAAAGCCAUCGUUGUAUCGGCUGAUAGCAUGAGUGUGUACAAGUUUAAGCCAGAGUACGAGCGCUGCGCGGAAACUAUAUUAAAUCCCCAGUUGUCAGAAAUGGAGAUAGCCCCGAAUGAUCCGGUGCUUGCCAUUCCCUUCACGAUGGAUGAGAAAACCAAUGCAGAUUGGGUUCUCAGAGAGUUGUACAACGCGCUACCUUUGAUUCAGUGCGCGGAGCUGGAGGAUGUGCUGGUGCUGGUUCCCGACGCAGUACGAAAGGGCCUUCCACAGGAUAUGAACGAACUCGUCUCCUUGCUUUCUGAGUUUCCAGAUUACUUUGAUAUUUGGCCCUAUCCGGAUAACCCAUCUGUAAUGAUUAUCCAACGCGCAAAGGUUGGAAUUCCUGUUUUUGAAAAGGAUGAAAUUGUUAAAAAAGUGCUGCCGUUGAUACCUCAAGAAGGGAUAAAACUUUCAACACUGAAAAGUCGUGUACCACUGCCAAUGCAACGCUACUUUUACCGAUACGGUGUGAGUAAAACCUUGGGUGAGAUGGAUCAGGUCUUUUGUAUUACAACCGAUUUAAUGAUUCGCAUCGUGUGA